AUGGUUUGGCUCCUACGUUCCAUUACCGAUUCUUCAGCUCCACUGCUUGUGCUGGCAAGGCCUCGGUACACCGUGGGACGAAAGGGCUGCGACAUCACCAUUCCAGAUGACAAGUCAGUGUCGCGCCACCAUGCCGAUCUCAUUCUCCGCUGGCCCUCCACUGACGACCACCACAACACCGCCGGAGGACAUGCACUGCGCAGCAGCCACCGCACCGCCACCACUGCCACCACCAACAACAACAGUGCCAACAGCAGUAUCGACAGAAACAGUGCUUCUUCCUCUCCACCUUUUCCAUCACUUCACGUGAAGGAUAUGUCAAAACUUGGAACCUUCCUCUUACCUGCUGCUGCUGCUGCUGCAACUUCCAAAGCAGCAGCUCCGCCGCUGCUGGUGAAGACAAACCCCGAAGCUGAGGCGGAGGUUCGGGAUGGAGACGUGAUCACAUUCGGAACCAACACGCCCAAGUAUAGGGCGUCGUUCCUUCCCUUGGCCGUGUGCCUGCCACCCUCAGCCUUUGCCGCUGGGGAGAGGGAGCAGUGGAUACAGAAGAGCACUGACUGCGGCCUACCAUCCUCACCAACGUGGCAGCCCUGGACCACGCACCUCGUUGUGCCACAUGGCGCAACGGUGGACCGCCAUGUCAUCGCUGCUGCAGCAGCAACCACUGCUACCCCCACCACUGCUGCAGAUUCGAAUUCUGCUGCUGCUGCUGCUGCUGCCGCUGCUGGGCCUGUCUUUGUGACUGCCACAGAGGGUGAUGGUACACUGCCAGCAGGUGGUGACGCGCAGGAGCAUGCAGUAGUCUCUACAGCAUGGCUUGAUGCAGUAUCUUCCCUCAAGCCUCUCAGCGCACCCCUCCCUACGCCUAGCGCCUAUGCUCCCCCUCUCUCCAGACCCGCUUCCUCCUCCUCCCCCUCCGCCCUCUCUCCCCCGUCGUCCAUACCACCUGCGCCCACUACCGCCCCUGCAAAAGCAACGAGAAAAGGUGCAACUAGGGCAGCAAAAGCGGCAGCAACAAAAACGGCAAAAGCAGCAGCAGCGGCAGCAGCAGCAGCAGCAGCAGAGGCAGAAGCGGCAGCAGCAGCUGCCGCCGCAGCAGCAAGAGCAGCAGCAGUAGCAACCGUGUCCACACUCCCACCCCCACCUGCUGCUCUCUCCCUAAGAGUGGCCGUGCUGCACAAGGUGAUAGCUGCUGCUCUCAAGGGGUCGAUUGGCAGCUGGGAGGGCAUGACUGCUGCUCCUGAAUGGCCCCGGGAGGUUGGGAAGUCAGCAGGGAAGGCAGCGGUCGAAUCAGCCAUUGAUUUGGACGAGGCGGAUACUGUGGUUUUGUCAGAUGGCUCGCACACGGACAGUGGCAAUGACAGUGACAGCACCACAGAGGAUGGCGGCGCUGCUGGCAAUGCUGCUGCUACUGCUGGCGGUGGAGGUGGUGGAACAGACGACGAGUCUGCGGCUGCGGACAGCGAUGCCGGAACAGACGACGAGUCUUCCCCUACCUUCCGCACAGCACCUAGUGCUGCAGAAGAGGCUGAGACAGAUGCAGUAGCAGCAGAAGGAGGAGUAGGGGCGCCGGCGGGAGUACAGGAAGUGUCCUCACACGUUGUGGGGCUUGUCGUGGUCCGUUCUCCUCCACAUUCCCCUACUGGCACCCCAAUGGGACAGCAACAGCAGCAGCAGCAGAUGCACAGCAUGGCCUUCACUCCGCUGCCUCCUGCUGCUGCCGGUGGCACCCAGGGAACUCAGUUCCCUUGCUCUACUGCUUCUGCCCUGCCCAACUUCAAGCGAUUCAAAAAGGUGUGGGGGGCACCGCCAGGCAACACCCCUGGGAUCCUCGUGCAGUACUCUCCCAAGCCAUACCGUGGCCCUUCGGACAACAUGGAGAGCUACAUUCAGAAGCAAAAGAGGAAGCGCCAGCAGGAAGCUGCAGCUGACGAGAUGUUCAACAAUGAUAAGGGGAAGAAACGAAAGCUUACAGCAAAUCAAGUAGCCACGGAAGGCGCCAUGGCGUUCAUUAUGGAGUUCGUGGAGCACUUUAUCCGCGCGGGGAUGGAGGAUCCGCGCGAUCGGGACGAACGUGCCGCCGCUCGAAUCCGGCAAACCAAGGCCAAGUGCGAGGAGCUGAAGAGCAUGUGGGCACACCCAGUGAAGGCGUAUGGGUACUGGGGCAGCGACAAGUUCAACCACAAAUACCUUAUGGACCUCAAACACAGCAACCUCUCCGGGCGGCAGGACCCCUAUGACACAUACUCUCGUUCCAUCGACUACCUUGACGUCAUCACCCAGAACACCAGGCCUGUUCCUGGGAACAGCGAACCAGUUCUGCGCGAAACGUGUGUAUUUCAACCCCGCAGCGAAAAAAUCAUAAUUCCGAUGGCGGAAUCAGAGUCGCAAGGUCCCGCCCAAUUGCGGUCGAAGCAGCCCCGCGACGACAUCUGGAUGCGCGUGGAGUUCCCAGGGGAAGACCUAUCCGACGCGAUUCGCAUCCGAGGCGCCUCGCUCGGCGAAAACGCGACGAUCCUAGACCUAAAAGAGCGACUCGCUGAGAGCAUUGCAUCGUCCGGCUCGGAAAGCGUUCCCGUUCAUCGCGUCUUCGUGACGCUCCCGGCUGCGCCGGGCGCGGCGGGAAAUGCGGAGGAGGCGCGCCAGCUGUCGGCGUCGGAUUCGCUGGACGAGCUUCCCGAGGGCGCGGGAGGACCCAAGUGGCCGUUGAUCGCGAGGGUGCGAGGCCCAGCAACAGCCGCACCAGCAAAGCCUGUGCCAAAGAAGCCGCAGACUCUAUUCGAAAAGGGCUUGGCAGGAAAAGACGAGCCACCACAGAUUCGAAACGCCAUGGACCUGCGUGAGCUCUAUCCGGGAGGGGUGCUUCCAAGAUCAGGCGUGAAGGAUGAGAACUUUUUCAUCAAGCUGAUCAAGCUGGCACUGACCUUUGCCCUGCUGGUGGGCAUAGCUGCAGCGGCCAUGUACCUUCUUGGGGAGGUGCUUCCUAAGUACUACAGUAAUGUGAACACUCCACCGCCUUGGGCUCCUGAUAUGUCAGGAGUGCAUACAGAGUUGUGA